GACCGACCUCAGGGACUGUUUUAGUGGUUUGCCAAACAGAUGCAUGGAACGGACAGUGAUGUGAUGUGGUUCCACAGGAAGAGGAAAGGCUUGCCCCGCAGGGCACGCGCCUACAUUGUGGAGGGGGAGCCGCAGUGUGGCGAGACUGGCAGCUUCUCUGACGGCGCGGGCAGUCAGGCCCCAUACCACCUGGGCUCUGCCGCCGCCAACGCCGCCGCCGAGCGCUACGCUAAAGCGGGCAUCGGCCUCGGCCUCGGCCACCACGUGGGCCCCCAGGGGCCUCCGCCUCACCACCCCGUGGCCCCGCCGAGCCCCGUCAGCCUCGCCUGGGCCCAGCACACGCGCCACCAGCCCGCCAGCCUGGCGCUCCGCAAGCAGGAGGAGGAGGAGAGCAAGCGCUGCAAGGCGCUCUCCGACAGCUAUGAGCUCUCCACAGACCUCCAGGAUAAGAAGGUGGAGAUGCUGGAGAGGAAGUAUGGCGGCUACUUCCUGAGUCGGCGUGCGGCGCGCACCAUCCAGACGGCGUUCCGCCAGUACCGCAUGAACAAGAACUUCCAGCGGCUGCGCAGCUCCGCCUCGGAGAGCCGCAUGACGCGCCGCAUCAUCCUGUCCAACAUGCGGCAGCAGUACUCCUUUGACGAGCGCACGCCGCAGACGCAGGCGCAGCUGCAGAUGCAGUCGCAGCAGACCCAGCAGCAGCAGCAGCGUUAUGUGCAUGCCAUGGCCUUGGGCUUGGCAGCAGGGCAGCACGAGCAGGAAGGGGAGUCGUCGCCGGAUGGACAGGGAGACGGGGAGGACUACACUAACAUGGACGACUCGUUCACCAAACAGGUGAAGUCCCUGGCCGACUCCAUGGACGACACGCUGACGUGCCAGUCGAGCCGCGCGGACUCGCAGGACGGCGGGGGCGACGGCGGGGGCAGCGUGGAGGCGGACGACUUUGGCGAGUGCGUCUGGAGCAGCAACAACAACAGCAGCAACCCCUCGCUGUCCCGGCGAGCCCUGGCCAACCGGGCGCUGCACGAGGACAGCACGGCCACCUCCUACAGCGACGUCACCCUCUACAUGGACGGGGGCAUGCCCUCGUCCCCGCUGUCCAUCGACCGCGCGCCCAGCAGCACGGACACGGAGUACUGGACGGGCAUGGAGGGAGGGGGCAACAACAGCGGCGGCGGCGAAGGGGGCGGCGGUGGUAGUAGUGGUGGUGGGGGUGGAGGGAGGUUGGGAGGGGGCAGGGAGGACAGUCGCGAGACGGAGGGGGCUGGUAGCAGUACCAGCCGGAGAAGCACGCCGUGUACAGAGUGUCGGGACUACAGGUUACGAGGGCCACACUUACCCGUGCUGACCAUCGAGCCGCCCAGUGACAGCUCAGUGGACAUGAGCGAUCGCUCGGACCGGGGAUCGCUCAGCAGGCAGCUCAUGUACGAGCAGGAGCCCCCUGGUGGCGGUGGAGGUGGACCUGCAGGUGGAGGAGGAGGUGGCAUGGGAGGAGGUGGGGGAGUAGGUGGAGGUGGAGGUGGAGGUGUAGGUGUAGGGGUUGGGGGCUCGCCUCAGGGAACGCUCAAGCACAGCCCCAACGCCCGCGCCCUCCCGUCCUCCACCCCGGCCUCCUCCUGCGCAGCCCAGGGCCAGGCCCGCACGCCGGGUUCCCGCCCGCUGCCCUCCCCCAUCCCCACGCCACUCCCCCACCACACCGUCCUCCCCUUGCCCUCACCAGGACCCCCUCUCACCCCCCUGACCCCGCUCCCCCCUCUCACGCCGCUCUCCACCACCUCCUCCAUCAACCCCAUGAACCCGCUGGUGAUGGAGCACCACGCGGUGCACAUCUGCUCGGACGGGGACAACGACUCGCUCAACUCCACCACCAACUCCAACGAGACCAUCAACUGCAGCUCGGGCUCCUCGUCGCGGGACAGCCUGCGGGAGCCGCUGCCGCCGCUGGGCAAGCAGACGUACCAGCGCGAGAGCCGCCACAGCUGGGACUCGCCCGCCUUCAACAACGACGUGGUGCAGCGUCGGCAGUACCGCAUCGGACUCAACCUCUUCAACAAGAAGCCAGAGAAGGGCAUCCAGUACCUGAUCGAGAAGGGCUUCGUGUCGGACACGCCCGUGGGCAUCGCCCGCUUCAUCCUGGAGCGGAAGGGCCUCAGCCGACAGAUGAUUGGAGAGUUCCUCGGCAACCGGCAGAAGCAGUUCAACAAAGAUGUGCUGGACUGUGUGCUGGAUGAGAUGGACUUCUCUGGGAUGGAUCUGGACGAUGCCUUGAGGAAGUUCCAGGCCCAGAUCAAAGUGCAGGGCGAGGCCCAGAAGGUGGAGAGGCUGGUGGAAGCCUUCAGCCAGCGAUACUGCGUGUGCAAUCCUGUGCUGGUCCGGCAGUUCCAGAACCCUGACACCAUCUUCAUCCUGGCCUUUGCCAUCAUCCUCCUCAACACGGACAUGUACAGCCCCAACGUCAAGCCCGAGAGGAAGAUGAAGCUGGAGGACUUCAUCAAGAACCUUCGAGGGGUGGACAAUGGGCAGGAUAUUCCUCGAGAUCUGCUAGUCGGGAUCUACCAGCGUAUCCAGAAAUGGGAGCUACGGACCAAUGACGACCACGUAUCCCAAGUGCAAGCCGUGGAGAGAGUUGUCGUGGGCAAAAAGCCUGUGCUGUCGCUGCCUCACCGCAGACUGGUGUGUUGUUGUCAGCUGUAUGAGGUGCCUGACCCUAAUCGACCCCAGCGGACUGGAGUGCACCAGCGGGAGGUCUUCCUCUUCAACGAUCUGCUGGUGGUGACGAAGAUCUUCCAGAAGAAGAAGACGUUGGUGACGUACAGCUUUCGACAGUCCUUCCCCCUGGUGGAGAUGCAGGUUCACAUGUUCCAGAACUCCUACUACCCCCAUGGGAUUCGGCUGACCUCGGCCAUCCCGGGGGGCGAGAGGAAGGUCCUGAUCGUGUUCACCGCCCCGAGUCAGCAGGACCGCACACGCUUUGUGAGCGACCUGAGGGAGAGCAUCGCCGAGGUGCAGGAGAUGGAGAAGUACCGCGUGGAGUCGGAGCUGGAGAAGCAGAAAGGCAUAAUGCGGCCGACGAAUGAAGGGGGAGGAGGAGGAGGAGGAGGUGUGGGCAUGAAGAGUGAGGCGGUGAACGGCACCCUGGGAAGGCCGAGUCUGGACGACACGUAUGCCGGCGUGGACGGGUUGAAGCGCACAGCCCUCAGCUCCUCACUAAGAGACCUUUCAGAAACAGGGAAACGAGGUCGCAGGAACAGCGUCGGCUCCUUGGACAGUACCAUCGAAGGCUCCAUCAUCAGUAGCCCGCGGCCCCACCAGCGCGUGCCCAUGUCUGCCUGCUAUGGCCUGGACGACUACCGGCCUCACCGCCCCAUCCUGAGCCCCGGAGUAGGGGUGGGGGGUGGGCCGGGGCUACAACACCAACCACACCAACCACACCAACCACACCAGGCAGCGCAGAUGCAGAUGCAUUCGCAGUCGCACCUCCACUCCACUGGGGGCAACGGCGCCGGCGGAAUGGGCAUGGGAGCCUGCGACGGUGGCCUGUCCAGCAGCAGCGGCGAGCGGGGCGGCCCCUCUGGGCCCACGGGAACUGGGAGUGGUCCGACGGGGGGCGGGGGCGGGAGCAGCAGUUCGGGCUCCUUCCUGGGCAACCUGUUUGGCAGCCGGCGCGCCAAGGCCCCGGCCCCCCUCAUCCCGCCCGGACCUCACUUCCCGGCGCCCGUCCCCCCACCCACCUGCGGUGGGCCUCCUCCGCUCUCCCCUUCCGCCCUCAGCCAGUCCGACCCCGGAGGGCCGUCCAAGCUGCAGGCGCUCCACGCCCAAUACUGCCACGGGGGAGGCGCUGGGGUGGGGGUUGGGGCUGGGAGUGGGAGCGUGAGCAACAGUGGUGGCGUGGGCCAGCCUCCGCCCCCCUAUCACCACCACCACCGCUACCACAUGCAGAACAUGCCCUCGCCUCUGGGCCCUGUGCCUCCCACGCCCACCACGCCUGGCGCGAUGGGGCACCACACCGUGCAGCGUGGCUCCCUGCCAAGGCGGCCGCAGCCCGCGCCAAGUCAUGCCCAGCUGCAGCAGUACAACCAGCAGAUCUCCCAGCAUGCUAUGCUGCAGCAUCAACAUCAGCAGCAGCAUCAUCCGCAGGCGGGGCGCUACGUCAACAUGGGUAUGGGAGGCAUGGCUAUGAGCUGUACGCCCCCGCCGCUGUCGCCACACUCCCCGCUGUCCCCCGUCUCGCCCUUCCCACUCUACCACCACGUGCACCCGUCGCUCAUGCACGGCCACGCCCACGGGCACGGACAUGGGCACCCGCACCCGCAUGGGGGCCACACGCCGCUGCAUCCCACGCACUCGGUGCGCGGCCCCAGCCCUGGGCCCAAGAUGCCGCUGACGCUGUCGCACUCGCAGCCGCACCCCCAUGCCCACUCGCACGCAGCCGCCCACUCCCACGGCCACCAUACGCACACCCACAGCCACCUGGUUGGUGGCACCAGCAGCAGCAGCAGUGCGGGCAGUGGGGGGGUCCUCGGCGGCAGCGGCGCUGGACUCACCCACAGCCACGGGCACCACAGCCCGCUGCCCACGCACCAGCAGCACUUUGUGUUCGCCGCGCCCGCCCAGGCCCCGCCGUCAGCCAUCACGGCCCGCUACAUACCCCAGUACCCGCACCCCUCCACCAUUCCACCUCCACCCCCACACUCGCCCCUGCCCCCGCCCUCUCCUCAUACCCCUCUUACGCCUCUCUCCCCCCACCCUCCCCAGUCGCUGACGGGCGGAGCCGGAGGAGGAGGGGGACACGGUGGUGUGAGGGAGCCAACGGGACGAGGCAGCGUCCGCGGAGCCGGAACCCGAGCGCCAAUCAUCACGAGAGCCAGGGGCCAGGGGGAGCCUGUCCCGUUUAGAGUCAGAGGAGGCGGCUGGGGCGGGGGCGGCAUCAGCAGGAGCGCUGGAGCCCUGCAGCAGCACAGUGGCGGUAGUGACGGCAGCGGGGAAGAAGAGGAGGACGAAGAAGAGGCAGAGCGAGCAAGGGCGGUCAAGCCAAGAUUGGAGUAA